AUGCCGAAAGGAAGGAGGUCUGUGGACGAUGCGUCCAGGAAAUCAUCGAAGUCAAACCUUUCUACUGCAUCCGAACAGAAUGUUAAAGUUAUGCAAAAUGUUCAGGAUCCAGCCGCAAUGAGCAAAUCAAAGAAGCAGCCUCGGCGUCGCAUAAUGGAACGUGUAGAAAUGCUAUCACGACCUACGGCGCGGCGCCUGCGCUGUUUGUGGGACGAAAAGUGCGCCAUACUGCCACCAGACCGCAGAGAUAAGAUUAAAAGCGCAUUGGAAGAGGACUAUUUCCUAAGUCCUGAACAAACGGAACAGUACUUUCAAGCUGUGAGCGCGUCGUCUAAACACUGGUCGGGCCCCGGCGGCAUGGUGAGUCGUAAGGAGCAAGCGGAAAAAGCGCGCGAAUUGCGUCAGAGGCAGAAGUGGCUCAUUAACUUUAGCGCACAGGUGGCCUACCGCCUUUGUGAUUACAUCGCGAAAGGGCAGAAGGAAAUAUUGGUCUCCAAUCGACUUAGGAGCAUAGCUGAUGUUGUGUUGGAACGAGUUGCUGAAAUACUUGGCGAACCAAAACCCACUCGAACGGAUCCUGGGCGUCUGGCGAGGUUUAUGGUGGCGAUAUCGGAUCGCAUCGCGGUAUGGAUCGAGAAUGCAGUGUACCGGGCUGAUGCUAUUGAGCCGAAAGAGUCGAGCAUCGAUGAGCAUAUGCGGCUUGACACUGAGAAACCUCUUAUAUGCUAA